AUGAGUGAAACACCAUCUCAGCCUACAACCACUCCCGCCCGCCGUCGAAACGGUCGGGGGAACGGUCGCCCUACUGCCCAGAAGGCCUACGCUUCCGAGAAUGAUGUUGCCACCAUUGAUCCCGCUCGCUACGACCGGGCUCCACGAACUCCUCAAAAGGGAGCUGGUACCGAUUCACCUCAUGCGCAGCUGAGCCAUACCAAUUCGAAGCAACGGUCUCGGAACGGGAGCAAUAAUAACAACACCAAUAACAACAACAACAAUAACAAACAUCGGGGCAAAACUGUGCCCCAUUCGCCCGAGUCUGCUCGCCCUGGUCGUCAUACUCCUCCGCAGCAGUCUACCUCCAUGAAGUCGAUUUCUGCUUUCGCCGGUGCCACUUUCCAUGCGUCUCCUGCGCCAUCUGCGUUGCCUCUUCCUAGUUUUGUCUCUCGGCCAGCUACUGAAUCGCCUAGCGUCAGCAGGACCUCACGAGAUGUUGUGCAGGAGCCCUCGCCCCCUACCGAUUCCGAGGCACCAACUCCUCUGCGUCAGAGUGUCUCGGCUGUUCAGGAAUCUCCACUUGACUUUAUGUUCCGCGCCCAUCGUCAGGAGAAGGAACGUCAACGCAGCGAAAGCACCAGCAGCUUCCGCCCCUUGGGCCUCGUCAACGAAUCACCCUCUGGACAAUCUCCCUUUGGACCCGGCAGUGUCCCCAAGCCAGCAACUCUUCCCCAGACGGCUCGUACCCAAGCCCGCUUUCAAUCUGGUGGUUUCGACAGCACGGAGCUGGACGGAACUCCUGGCCGGCCUAUGGGACCGGCAUUUUCGACACCUUAUCAAGAGCGUAUCAGAGCUGCCCGCUCUAACUCUGCACGGUCACCCGCCGAGCUAUCUGCCGAUCAGCCAAGGAACAACACUGAGCCUGACGAUCCCACCGAGGCUCUGAAGAAAUUCCUAUUCAACGGAAAUGGCACAACUGCAUCUCGUCCUGCUUCCAACGGGUUUGCGCCAGCACCAGCACCCCAGGCUCCGCAUUACAACUAUUCUAGGGCUGAUCAUGUUGUACCGGCUCCUUAUGAAGGCCGUUCAAACAACCUUGAAGCCAUGGAAAAUGACCUUCGACGUAUUCUCAAGUUGGAUUUGAGCACCGGUUCUCCCAGCACGGAGCGUCGUUUGUUCUACUAA